UCAACGACAAGAUGGCGCCGCGUUCGUACUCCAAGACCGCCAAGGUCCCGCGUCGUCCCUUCGAGGCCGCUCGUUUGGACUCCGAGUUGAAGCUCGUUGGCGAGUAUGGCCUCCGCAACAAGCGUGAGGUCUGGCGUGUGCUCCUCACCCUCUCCAAGAUUCGUCGUGCUGCCCGUGAGCUGCUCACCCUCGACGAGAAGGACCCCAAGCGCCUCUUCGAGGGCAAUGCCCUCAUUCGCCGUCUCGUCCGCGUCGGUGUGCUCGACGAGUCCCGCAUGAAGCUCGAUUACGUCCUGGCCCUGAAGGCUGAGGAUUUCUUGGAGCGCCGCCUCCAGACUCUGGUCUACAAGCUCGGCCUUGCCAAGUCGAUCCACCACGCCCGUGUCUUGAUCCGCCAGCGCCACAUUCGCGUCGGCAAGCAGAUCGUCAACGUUCCCUCCUUCGUCGUCCGUCUCGACUCCCAGAAACACAUUGACUUCGCCCUAACCUCGCCGUUCGGCGGUGGUCGCCCUGGCCGCGUCAGGAGAAAGAAGGCCAAGGCCGCUGAGAAGGGUGAGGAGGGUGAGGAGGAGGAUGAGGAGUAAAUCUGGGGCGCGUUGCAUCGUGGGAAUUGUUGGGACCGCACGGAACAGGUUACGAAAAUUGGUCUGGGCAGGGACUUCUGACCUCUGCGUCUUGCUCUUACGGCGUUUAUAGUCAGGGUGUGGAAUGCAUCAAGAUUUGCACGUACCAACAGUCAGCAGGUCACCAAUCAUGAGAACCCUUACUCUUCCAUGAACCGAAACAGUUAUGUGUUGCCGGCAAGUCUGCCAUUGGAAACGGCUAUAUCGGUGUCACCUCAAAGUCUAGGACCGGAGUUUGAAGGCGGCGUGGGCCGAUUAUUUACGGGUAUCACUAUGAACUGUUUUGAGCAUCCUGACUUUCCUCCUUGUCCCAUAAAUCCGCUGCUUUCAUCGCCUGUUUUCCCAUCUCGCCCGUGCAAUAGCUAUUCUUGACAAUAGAAUGGCAACAUGCGUAGCCCCAUUUGAAGUCUGACCACCAGCUCCCC